UUGUGUCGUUACCUAGUUUUCAGGGGUGACAGACGACUCGUCAGAAGAUAAAGGAAGGACAAAUACUCCCGCCUGAGAACAAGAGUGAUGUCCCUUGGAUACACCCUGCUUCCGGUAAUGACGUCUGCUUCGGCGCAAACUCUGAAAGAGAGCAUCCAGUUGUUUGUUGAUUUUAUGAGCAACAUACUUUCUAGAUUAAUUGAGAAUUGGAAAUAAGCAUAAACUGCAGGAUCAAGCAGUACAGUUUCUGAAAGGUUUCUAAAACCAGUGACCAAAAGUAAAUCUUAAAGAUCAAUUUAAGUGUUAUGGAUGUCGUGGCAAUGUGUUGGAAUGGCAAUGGAUACUGAUGCUCAGUUCUUACGAGCUGUGCGAGGAGGGAAUCUGGAGGAGGUACGAAAGUAUCUCGAUGCUGGUCAAAAUGUGGACACCACAAACAUUAAUGGCAUGAGUGGUCUUCAUCUUGCUGCCAAAGAAGGGCAUCUGUCUGUGGUCAUGGAGUUGCUGAACAGGGGAGCUAAUUGUGCUGCUCGAACUCGUAAAAACAACACACCUUUGCAUGUUGCUGCCUUAGCAAGACAGUCCCAAGUGACCCAGAUCCUACUGGAAAGAGGAGCUGACAUAAAUGCAGUCUCUGAGACUGGGUUCACACCUCUGUAUUUGGCAGCACAAGAAAAUGGGUCAGACAUAGCCUGUAUGUUACUACAGGCUGGAGCAGAUCAGCGUAUUCACACAGUGGAUGGCUUUUCUCCCUUGGCAGUAGCUGUUCAACAGGAAAAUGCAGAAGUAAUAAAUGUGUUGUUGCCCAACUGGCGAGCGUCAGCCCCAGAAUAUGCCUUCAGAUUGCUUGAAGAACUAGGACUAGAUUGCCCUGAUGUGUUCAGAUACACAGCUGAAGGCAAUUUUGUGGAACUGCGGAAAGCUAUCCGUAGUGGCAGUGAUGUAAAUCAGACGCUAAAAGAUGGUCUAAGCCCGCUGCAUCUGGCAGUUGUGUUGGGAGAUCUUCAGAUGGUGAAAGAGCUGAUAAGUCAUGGUGCCUUUCCCUCCACAAUAUCAGAGAAACUUUCUUCACCUUUAAUCACGGCUUGUCACUCCUGUCGACGUGAUAUCAUCCAGGCCUUGUUAAGUGCAGGUGCAAAUCCUAAUGAUAAGCCUCGGCCCUACAGUCCCCUCCUGCCACUUCAUAUUGCUUGCAACUAUGGAGAUACAGCAGCAGUUUUAAUGUUGCUACAACAUGGAGCAGAUGUCAAAGCUGCUGGGAAAUGGAUCAGCAUGAAUGCCCGCGUAGCUUUUGAUGACCACCAUGCUGAAGUUAUGUCUCUGCUGGUUCAGUGGGCCUUGCAACUAUGCCCUGAGCAACAGACACAUGUCAUGCAUGACACAGAGUCUGAGGCAGGCAACAUGCUUCUGGAGCCACCUACACCUUAUGAGCCUGAUCCAGAUCCUGCAGGAACAUGCUUGGCCAUGAUGCGUUCACUUUUCCGCUCACGACCUGAACAUGUAGAUGAACUGAUAGAAGCAGCACUCAGUACAAUUCACCAGUGCAACAUCUUCAAGGCAGCAGAUGAAGGCAAUGCGGUGCUGGCAACAGCCUGCCUAGAUGAAAAUCCUGCCUGCUUAGAAACCAAGACAAAGUGUGGUUUGACUCCUCUGCAUGUAGCCUGUGUGAGAGGGCAUGUAGCAGUUGUUUCCCUUUUUCUUGAAAGGAAGGCUAACCCUAAUGCUUCUACUGAUAAUGGAAUCACACCAACUAUCAUGGCUGCAUAUGCAAACUGUCCCUCUGUGUUGCAACUUCUUAUGAAGAAUGGUGCUGAUAUGACACUGAGCAUGCAGAAUGGCUUGACACCCCUGGGCAUGGCCAUAGCCAAGAAGAACUUAGAGGCAGCAGAAAACAUUUUGAAGCAGCAUCCACUAGCACCAUGCUGCAGCAUACUCAAUGUCUUGAGCACCCAGUCGGAAGAACAGCAGGUGUCACAGGUGCUGGGGAUGGUGGAGUGGGCUUGUCGGUCCAAUCCUCUCUCCUCUGCAAACAGACGCAAGAAGGGUCGACGGGCAUGUGUUUUGACAUAAAGCACUUUUUGUGCACCUUAGGAUUAAUUUGUAUCUCAUCAUUUGUAUCAGAAGAAAAAAUUGUAAGAGGGUAAAAAUUAUAAGAGGGUGAGCUCCAUCUUAAAGAUAAAAAUUUGGAGGAUGAUUCUAGAAAAGUCUGUUUGUAGGCCAAAGUAUAAUAGCUAGCUGGUUAUGUGAAAAAAGGUUGGGUGUGUGAAGAAUCAUAGCUUAAAGUAAGAAUGUUUUUCAGACUCUGUCUUACUGACUUGGAUACAAAGCUUGUAGUAUAUAAGCCACUACUGAAUGAAAAUAUUGUAGAUGUCAAGUGCUGGUGAGUCUCAUUUGCUAUUUAGAAAAACUUUAGAGGAUCUCAAUUUAAUAUUUAACAUGAAAUGUUUGUCAUUUGCCCAGUCUUGACCUAACCUAAAAGGCUUUGAAGAUAAAAACAAGCAAUCUAGCCCUAGUUUUAAAUGUUGUAAAUUUUGUCUGUGCAGCUUUGUGAUAAUGUCGUAAAAAGCUUUGGUGUCAAAGGUCUUCAGUGCUGACAUUUAGUGACCAGUACAGCGGGAUCAAUCAGGGGCCAGUGUCUGCUUACAUGUCAGUGUUUUUAUGUUAAGACACAAUUACACUGGUUUGUAUAUUUUGUUGCAGAUACUUUGUGUGGGUAGGAAAGUGGUUUUGCUGUUCACCAGUCCUGUGUUGCACAGUUCUGUUGUUUUCGUCAAUGUGCAUUACUGUGCAUCACUGUAAGAAUAGAGAGCACACUGUCAUCUUGAUUGUGUGGUAAGUGAAAUAUAGUAUACAUUGUAUCAUUUUGUUGAGCAGCGCUGCCACUGUGUGCUGUUUUGUAGUGUUCUGCUUUGGAUAGUGUCAUGGGCUGUUUUUAUAGUGUUGCGAUGAUUGUGCCAUCAGUUUGUGCCAAGAGCUGCACAUGAUUGUAUUGCAUUGUGAGAGUCAUGCAGUUAAUUGAACAGAGCUAAACAUUAUUGUGCACUUUUUUAAACUAGGAAAAUAUAGCAACUCUUACCUCAGCUUGCAUGGUGUGCUGGGGAAUUAAGUGUACUCUGCUCACAGUAAGAGAAGAUUAGAAAGAGUGAUUUCUUUUUUCAUACAUACUUAAAUGAUGAAGGUAAGAAGUUUGGAGCAUUUGGAUAUUACACAACAUUUGAAAAGUAGAACCUCAGAUUUAAUGGAGAGUAGUUUCAUUUUUUGUGAUGUAUAUCUUUCUUUUGUGGGGAGGAGAGAGCCGGAGUAGCAGAAUGGAGUUUCAGAGCUGGUGAAGUUACAAUGCCAUGUCCAUUAGAUUACAAAAGCUACAUAAGAGGCACUGGCAACAAGUUUUCACUAGCCUUCCAGCAUUUUCAUGCUGUUUGUACCAGGGUAGUAUCAUCUGGCUAGCGCUCUAUAUUUUCCCUAGUAGGCAGCUCAAAGGACACCAGGAACCACUACUCACAGCAUUCAAGUGGCAUAAGCAGAUCUGGUUUGGUUAUGUGACCUGUCAUGGCUCUAGAAAUUAGACCAUGACACUGUAAUUGAGUUUUUCAGAUAUGUUUGAAUGGGAGUUUAAGAGCCAUCUUUUUAUGUGUCCAUUAGUAAGAUGGUCGUUGGUUCAGAUUUCAGCUCAAACAUAUUUACAAAAACAGCAUGGUAGUGUAAUUUUCACUUUCUGUAAAACAUCUGAACCGUUUGAACACAAAACACUUUAUUUAAAGCAAGUUGCUUGUUUGAAGGGAAAAACUAAGAUCAGUAAGAUAAAAUAUAUGAAGUAUUAGAAGAGAUGGCAUGGGAUUGUUGAAGUGUGGCAAACAAAGAAUCAAGUAAUAGAACAGAGAACAGAUUGAAAAUUGUUCUUUAUCAGAUCAGUAUGCUGUAUUGGAGGUAAAUAUAAAAAAGACUACUUUUCACUUGCAAAUGUAAAGCAAGACAGAAUUAUGCAGUAAGUGACAUGAUCUGUGCUGUAUCCUGUGUAUUAAGUGUUCUGCUUUUAUCACAGGCUAUUGCAGUCUGGUGGCUUAACGGUUAGCAUCAAGAAACAAUAAAGGAGUAUGUUUCGAAAGUAAAGGGAAAUUUGCUUUAAUAUUAUGAUAUAAAUGUUUCUAUUGACAUUAUUUUUAUAAGAAUGUAACAACAGGACAUGAAUGACCAUCAAAAAAGUGACAUUUGUAACUAUUACCUUCUGUAGCUGACACAUUUGUAACAUCUGGUUGUAAUACCUUCAGAAAUCAGACUGAUGAACUCAGGUUUUCUGUCUUAAAGAUAUUCAUUUUUUGCUGCAAUUUUUUCAACAACCUAAGAUUUAGUGAUUUUAGGAAAGAAAUUUAGUGCCAGGGGUUUAUAUUACUACAGUAUAUCAGGUUAUUGCAACACCCAGUGGUUGUUAUUCUUGAAUACACAGUUAAGAUGCUGGGAAAUCUCUUGUAAUCUCUGGUAUUUUCUGGCAUUUAAUGAGAUUUUAUGAUGAUAUAAUAAUAAUAUAUAAUUCUUUCCUUGAGAGAUAUUUUUUGAAUUAUUUACCCACGUAGCUGAGAACCAAUUAGUCACCUGUAUGUAGUAGAUAAGCAGUCACUUGUGUCUGAUCUCAUUGUCAUUUUUCUCCUUCAAGAAAAAAUGUCUUUACAUACACUGACUUUGUAUUUUUACCUUAUGAUAUUACGCUAACUAGUCCAGCUACUGUUAUUGUUGUUCAUGCAUAGCAAUGGUCAUGUCAGAUAUUUUUGUGUUAAAUUUGCUUUUAGUGCAAUAGUGUCAGUUGACUUAAUGAGAAUAUGUUGCUGUAUAUUAAACAAAAGCAUUUUUAUGGCAGUAGAUUCCAGUCUUUUUCAGUUGAAGAAUGUCUUUGAUCACAGAUUAGAAAAACUGGCAGCCUUCAGGUGCAGCCUGCUAACCGGUGUUCUUAUUUACCAUAACAUCAGUAUGCUGAUUGGACAAAAAAGAUCAUCCUACACUGUAUUUUAUACAAGGCCUGUGCUGUUCUUUUUUUCAAACAUCAACAAUAACAAAAAAGAAGGUUAAGGACUUUCCCCACUAUGUUUUAAAAGUGAACAAAUGGCUACAGCAUUUAAAAAAAACCCCGUUUUUACAGGUUACUGUGGCAGCAGUGGUUGAAACUUGUUUUAAUCAGUCGGGAGAGGGAGGCUAUCCUUGCAAUAAAUCAGUUUCAUAGAAGAUCAUAGAUUGCCUUCCCUAGAAAGAAUUUUGUGUGUGUGGUUGCUGCACUUAUAAAGGUGAAAAUGACAAAUUUCACAUGUCUGUUAGCACAGUCAGUAAUAGUUUUUAUCUUCAGGCACCGUGAUAUGUACUUAAUAUUUAAAACACAAAGGAUUAAUUGAUUAUCUGUGCAUUUUAGAUGUAUACACUGGUUAAUUAAUCUGUUUCUGUGUUUUAUAAUAGUAUACCUGCUGGCAUGGAUUGUCUCUUGCAUUUUAGGCUUUAAAGUGUUCUUGGUCAAUCCGAACAGUCAAGUUUAAACACAAGUGCUUUGCAGCGCCUUUUCACCUUGGAUCACUGAUGGAACAUUUGUAUUUAUUAUGUAAAUUAUAUAUGUUAUAUUUAAUAUAUGGUUGUGGCUGACUGUAUUCCAAUUAUACAUUGUUACAGUUCUGUUGUGUUUAUUGUGUUGGGAGGGGCCAGCAAGCCACAUAACUGUGCACCUGUUUUAUUGCUCUCUUGUUAUGCCUGUUUACCUUGUGUGGCCCACAAAAGCCUAUAUUUUGACUGUACAAAUUUUUACUUUUAUUUGUACAGCAGCUGAUAUAGAUGUGCAAUAUUGUAUGCCAUGUGGACAAUCAAUGUGCUGAUGUUGUGGUUCUGUGAUACGUCACUUAAUUAUUUGCAUUCCACACUCCUUCAAGACACUAUUUGUGAUCACAUAUAUUGAAGUAUAUGAAACAGUUUCGAAGACAAGAGAGGUCUACAGAUUACUACCAGUAAUCAUCCUUCAAAUCUGUUAUUGUUGACCAAUCUUUACUUUUGAACAUUUAAAGCACACGAUUGAUUUUACCUAAAUUUAUACUUGGUUUGACCUUGUUAUUUAUAUUCAGUUGUUCUUUCUGAAGACAUUCCACAGAUUGAGAAACUGCUACGCAAUAUUUUGUGCACAGCUCGUCCUGCAGCAAAAUGUUUUUGAGACAGUCGUUGCGUUUGUGUCUAUUUCUCAGUUUUUGAUGUAUUCAUUUAAAGUGUUGACAGCAUGUUUAAACAAUUUUUUCAAUAUUUGAUUAUUAAAUUAAAAGACCCACAUGACAAAA